GGUGCUGCAGCCGAGGCUAUUUUACAGCUCCUUCGGGAAGGCUGUCAGCUGCCCAGGAAAGAGAGCACUGCUUGAGAGCAGAGGCUUAAUCAUGAUCGUCCCUCACGUACCCCAAAGAAAUGACCGCAGCCACUCGGGAAACCACGGGAAAAACCGUGAUUGUUGUGUCGUGCCCGCCGCAGUCCCCUGCUGGGCACGGUGAGGCUCGCCGCGAGGCCCUUUUUCCACCAGGGUGGACUUGAGGGGUCAGACAAGGCCCAAGCUCCCUACCUCGCCCCCACCCUCUCCCGGAGGAGGCCGCGGGGGCGGGGGUUGCUGCGCGAUGCUGCGACCGGACGGCGCCUGCGCGCGUGGCCCCCGGGCGCGGCUUUAGACAGGAUGGGAAAGAAGCCGGUGCUUCCUCCGCGAGCCCUUCCACCUGUGCCGAGUAAAAGGGCUGUUCAAGAUGAUAUUCUACUUAAUCGUCCUAAGAAAAAGAAGCCCAGGGCAAAAAGCAUGCCAGCUAGUGCCUCUUUGGAAGGCCUUGAUCAGGGUGCUGUCUGUAGGCCAUCUGAAGACAGUGAGCCCCCAACUAAAGAACCCAUAGAACAUGCAGAAGCUCCAGUCCAAAGAAGACAAAAGAAGAAGAGACCACCUCUUGAAUUGGAGACUUCCUUCACCCAAAAGAAGAUAUUGAAUCCAUCAUUAUUGCGAAAUGAAAAUGGCAUCGAUGUAGAGCCAGCUGAGGAGGCAGUUACUCAAAAACCUCGAAAGAAAAAAAAGAAAACUCAGCCAGCAGAAUUACAGUAUGCCAGUGAGCUAGGAGUAGAAGAUGAAGAUAUAAUUACUGAUGAGCAAAGUAUUCCAGAGCAGCUGUCUAUAUUUACUGCACCUACUGGCAUUAGCCAGCCUGUAGGCAAAGUAUUUGUGGAGAAAAGUCGCCGAUUCCAGGCUGCUGAUCGUUCAGAGUUGAUAAAGACCACAGAAAACAUAGAUGUGUCAAUGGACAUGAAGCCUUCCUGGACGACCAGAGAUGUUGCACUUUCAGUGCAUCGGACUUUCAGGAUGAUUGGUCUCUUUUCUCAUGGCCUCCUGGCUGGUUGUGCUGUGUGGAAUAUUGUUGUGAUAUACGUUCUAGCAGGAGAUCAGCUAUCCAAUCUCUCCAACCUUAUGCAGCAAUACAAGACUUUAGCAUAUCCAUUCCAGAGUCUUCUCUACAUGCUUUUGGCUCUAAGCACAAUUUCAGCUUUUGACAGGAUUGACUUUGCUAAAACAUCAGUAGCCAUCCGAAGUUUUCUUGCCCUGGAUCCAACAGCUUUAGCAUCUUUCUUGUACUUUACUGCUCUUAUACUAUCCCUGAGUCAACAAAUGACAAGUGACAGAAUCCACCUUUAUACAUCUUCUUCUGUUAAUGGUAGCCUCUGGGCAGCAGGAAUUGAGGAACAGAUUCUCCAACCUUGGAUUGUGGUGAAUCUGGUGGUGGCCCUUCUGGUUGGAUUGUCUUGGAUUUUUUUGUCUUAUAGACCAGGCAUGGAUCUUAGUGAAGAGUUGAUGUUCUCCUCUGAUGUGGAAGAAUAUCCUGAUAAAGAGAAAGGAAUCAAAGCCUCUUCAUAAUACCACCUUACCUUCAGAAUAAUAAUGACCCAGUAUUUAAAAUUUUCCCAGUCUAGUUUCCAGAUGUAUUUUUAUAUAACAUAUGUAUGUGCAUUUGUAAUUGAUUUUUUUGAUUUAUGAUACUGAAAAAUUUCUCAAGAUUAUGAAAAAUGUUAAAAUUGCAUCUACUACUUAUAUUCCAACAUUAAUUUCUAUAGCAUUAUCAUCUUAAUAACAAAGGCGAUAAUGAGGUAGAAACCAGCAGGUGAAAGUGUUUAUUUUCCUGUCAUCUCAAAUUAGUUGCAUUUAUAAUCAUUAUCUAAAAAAGCAUGAACAUAGAAAAAAGCCAUAACCUUAGUAUUAUAAAAUGUGUAUCAGGUUUAAUCGUAAAUUCAGGGAAUAGGGUUAAAGGAAGAAAAGGCCUUUAUUAUUUAUUUUUUAUGUCUCCUCACUGAAUAAAUUAAAAUAUGAAAUUUGUCUUUUUUGAAACUGGCUUACUGGUUAUGCAUCAUGUCAUAAUUACACUAUAAUGUAAUUUAGCUUAGAAGAUGCUUUACUUCAUGGCUAAUAUGAAGGACAUGUAUCUUUUUAUUUGAAAAGUUUUGUAACCUAAAAAUUUUAUUUCCCUUUAAAAUCCCUGCUAGUAGUUCUCAAUCUGGUUGCACAUCAGAAUCAUUUAAGGAAUUUAAAAAAACAUGUAGCAAAAGAGAAGCUGAGUAGGCCAAUAGCUCAGGAGAAUAAAGGGGAGGCCUGAGAUCUCGUUGGACUGUGGCCUUUUCAGCACCCUUUGCCUCUAUCUUUUUUUCUGUGUGACAAGAACAUACAGGUCGAAAUUCACCAUGUCUGUUCUCAAGCUCUGUGCUGUCAAGGAAAUCCUACUCUUGAGGUGAAUUCUUGUGCUAGAAAAGGUCUCAGAGCUGUAUCUAGUGUGCCUCACCCAGUAUCUUGGAGACUGUAGCGCUCAAAACUAUAAUAAGACUUGCUAUGGGAAAAGGUGACUCAAAAGCUGUUGAGCGCAUCAAAUUAAGCUAUUUGGCUUGACCUGAUUAGCAAGCAACUGAAUGUUGUGAACAGAAGAGAAUGGACAAAUUGAUGAUACAGACUGAUGGCCCUGAGAAUAGAUUGGAAUUUGGUGUGAACACCAUACUAGGAAUGUCUUUUGCUCUCUGUAAGAUUAGUGCUACUAAAAAUUAGAUCCCGUGACUGUCAGAAUUGCCAGUUUACUGGCAAUUCUUAAGUCUUCCUGGCAGUUCCAGCAUUCAUUGUGAUCAGCAGUGGUUCUCACGCUGGCAACAUGCUGGCAGUGCAGGAGUUCAUAAUCCUUGUCAUUGCAGCAGACUUCAGGGAAGCCUUGCUCGUUAGAGCUGAGGUGUACCACCUGAGCAGUGUCAUUCAAGAGAAGAAUGAGAAUGCUAAUGACAAUGUGGGUGAAUAUGUAGGCAGAAUAAUGGCCCUCAAAUAUCCACAUCCUGAUAUCUGGAAUUUGUGAAUAUGUUACAUGACAAAAGGGAUUUUGCAGAUGUGAUUAAUAUUGUGCACCUUGAGAUGAGGGAGAUUAUUUCGGAGUUUCUGGGUGAUCCCUAUCCAGUCACAUGCCUUAAAAGCAGAGAACCUUUCCUGGCUGUGGUCAGGGAGAAGUGAUGAAGGAAGAAAGGUCAGAGACUUGUGGUGUUGCUAGCUUUGAAGAUGGAAGAAGCGGACCACAAGCCAAGAGUGGUGGCCUCUUGAAGCUGGGAAUGGCUCUCAACUGACAGUCGAUAAGAAAACAGAGAUCUCAGUCCUGCAACUGCAAGGAACUGAAUUCUGCCAGUUACCCAAAUAAGCAAGGAAACAGUCUCCAUAAAGGAAUGCAGCCCUGCCAACACCUUGAUUUUGGCCCAGUGAGACCCAUGUCAGACUUCGGACCUAUAGCACUAUAAGAUAAUAAAUGUGUUUUGUUUAAGCUGCUGUGUUUACGGAAAUUUGUUAUGGCAGCCAUAGAAAACUAAUAUGGAUACAAAGGGAUUUUUGCCCUGGAGCUGCCAAGGAAUGUGAUUGGGAAAGCUGGCUGCAUAGAUAAAAUUGUAACUGACAUCGACAUAGUUGCCCUUCAAUUUUUCAGGUCUGGACUUCAAAUCUGAUGAUUCCUGCAGGUACAUAAUCUUUGACCAGCUGGUAGACUUGUGUACAUGCUUCAUCAGGGAAACGCAAUGCUGUUUAUUAAAGAUUCCUUAAACGAGGAUGAUUAGGAAGCUUGGGAGUUCACUGCUUAUGGAGGUCUCCAGGAGAUUGGAAUGAUCUUAAGAGUAACUAACCUAAAACAAAUUGCUAAGGCUGUGGGUAAGAAUUCAUGCAAAUUUCUCCAUUUUUUAAAGGACCGUAUUGACAUGCCUGGUGAAGUUCAAUGAGUGGGGCAUCAUGGUUUCUCAUUGCUCAAUGACUUAAGAUACUUUCAUUGCCAACAUGGUGGUGGGGCUCUGCAUUGCACAGAUAACACAGGGGCACUUUGCUAAUCUGAACCCUUGGGCAGAUACAAAUAGCUCAUUUUUCCAGAAAGAAGUUAAAAUCUAGCCAAGUAGACUUCGGACUGGACAGCCCCUGAGCUUUUCAAGCACUAGCUAGUUGGGUAGACCGCUGCUGCUCAUCUACACCCAGGCAGCUCAAGGCCUGAAACCAAACCUUGCAGAGCUUCUGAUAGGUAACUCCGCUUCCGUCAAUCCCAUGGUGUUCUUACUGCCUCGUUGGAAUUGCUACACCAAAGCCAGGGUUGAUCAUCUGAGACCUCAGUUGUUCUUAGCCCUAGCCUUAUAAUCAUGUGAUUGGCUCAGAAUCAUUUUUAUCACUUUUCUAACCACAUCAAGUAUGGGUGGAGGUAUAUCCUUAGUAGAGUUCCUGAGGUAUCAACAGGCAAGAUCCCCAGUGGGCUUUAUUUUGUUGUUGUUGCGAAAUAUUCGGUUAUUACCUUCCUCCUCUAACAAAAUAGAGCAGCAUAUAUAGAUUCCUAGACUUCAUCCUCAGAGCUUUGCAUUCAUUAGGUCUGAGAUGAGGCCUGGGAAUCUGAAAUUUUGAAAAGGAUACCCCAGAAGAUGGUGAUGUGUAUUCAGUAGACUAGUCAGCAUAUGGAACCCCUGGCCUGCAAACACCUUUUUUGUAUUCAACUAUGAAACAAAGCUCAGAUUGCGAUAGGUGACUAUAUUUGAUCUUGAUCAAAUGACUAGUUUUGUGGUAGGGCAAAAAUGAAAAAAUAGCUCAGUCUAUUCAGAGAGAUAUGGAUAGGCAUAUGAGUGGAAGAAUCUAGGAAGAAAUUGUGGUAAGGUUGGAUGUGAGCAGGUCCUUUACAGGAUGGAUGGGACUACAACAGGUGGAAAUUGGGGCAAGGACUUUCUGGUAAUACAAGAACCAGGCCAUACACAUGAGUGAACCCUGAGGGCUUUUUAUUUGGAAAAUUAUCAAACAUAUAAAAAUAAUGAAAGAAUAGUACUGUAGCAACUAUAGUUUAGAUCAACCUAGAUUUAAUAUUUGUUAAAAUAUUGCCACAUUUGCUUUAACUUUAUACGUCACUUUUUUUUUCCUUGUUAAACAUUUUGAGAGUAAAUUGCUGGCAUGACACUUUGCCUGAAUAUUUCAACAUGCAUCUCCUAAAAAAUUUAUGUAGACAUUUGUCUACAUAAAUACAAUAUCAUUAAAACACCUGGAAAGAAGUAAUUCAGUAAUGUCUAAAUAUCAAAUCCACUCUCAAAUUUUGCAAAUUGUUGGUCAAGAUCCAGUUAAGUUUUUUACAUUUGUUUGUUUUUUAUUUCUUAAUUUAAAAGUCUCCCUUUGUUUCUUUUCUCUCCCAUGACUUGUUUUAAACAAAAAAGUUUACUGAGAUAACUGUAGAUUCAUGCAACUGUAGGAGAUUAAUAUAGAGAGAUCAUUUGUACAUUUUGCCAAUUCCCUCAAUAACAACAUUUUUGUAAAAAUGUACAAUAUCACAACCAGGAUAUUGACAUUGAUACAAUCCACCAAUCUUAAUCAGAUUUCCCCAGUUUUACUUGUGCAUGUGCAUUAAGUUGUGUACAAUUCUAUCACUUGUGUAAGUUUGUGUAUCCACCAUGAUAAAGAAGUUACUCAACGGUUCCCAAACCACAAGGAUCCUUCAUUUUACCCUUUUAUAAUAUCCACACCCCUCAUUCUCCUUCCCAUCCCACUCCUGACCCUAACUCCUGACAACCACUAAUCUUCUGUUUCUAAAAUUUUGUCAUUUCAAAAAUAUUAUAAAUGGAGUUGCAUUCAAUAUGUAAUCUUUUGGGAUUGGCAUUUUCCUGCUCAGCAUAAUUCCUUAAGAGUUUCAUCCAAGUUGUUGCAUGUUUUAGUAGUUCAUUCCUUUUUAUUGCUGAAUAAUAUUUUAAGUAUUUUAAAUUAUGUAUGUUAUGUAUGUGCCACAGUUUGUUUCACCAUUCAUCUGUUGUAGUGCAUCUGGGCUGCUUACAGUUUUGGGCUAUUACGAAUAAAGAUACUAUGAACA